AUGUGGCUUAUCAACACUGAAACACUUGUCCUGGAAGAGUUCACCGACCCGUCGAUAGUCUCGUACGCCAUCCUCUCGCACACGUGGCAGAAGAACGAGGAGAUUUCUUUCCAGGACAUGAACAACCUCGAAAAAUUCAGGCACAAGGCGGGCCACGCAAAGAUUGAAAAGCUGUGCGAUAUCGCCCUGCGCAGGUACGGCUGCAAGUACGCCUGGCUCGACACAUGCUGCAUCGACAAGACCAGCAGCGCCGAGCUCAGCGAGGCCAUCAACUCCAUGUUCCGCUGGUACAAGGAGGCCUACGUCUGCUUCGUCUUCCUUUCAGACCUUGCGCCCGAGGCCACACGGGGCCAUCCUCCGAGCGACCAAGGCCCGGCACACCACAACAUAUCGGAUCUGGGCCGCUGCAAGUGGUUCACCCGCGGCUGGACCCUUCAGGAGCUCAUCGCGCCGACCUACGUCGAGUUCUACGACGCCGGCUGGAACUUCCGCUUCACAAAGGACGGCUGGGCCGCGAGGCUCUCGGCCAUCACCAACAUCGACGUCGACAUCCUCAUGCUCAAGAAGGAGCUCUCGACCGUGCCCGUGGCGGUCAAGAUGUCAUGGGCCGCCGACCGCGAGACGACGCGCGUCGAGGACCGCGCCUACUCCCUCCUCGGCCUCUUCGACAUCAACGUCUCGAUGCUCUACGGCGAGGGUCACCGCGCGUUCCAGCGCCUGCAGGAGGAGAUCGCCCGGGAGACGGACGACAUGUCGCUCUUCGCCUGGGACGUGGACGUCCCGCCCGACGCGGCCGGCCAGCAGCGGACCGCGGCCCAGCGCUACCGCGGCAUCUUUGCAAAGUCCCCCGCCGAGUUCCGCUCCUGCCAGGGCCUCAGGCGGGUCGGCAAGCUGUCGUACAACCCGCCCGAGCUGUCCAUCACGAACAAGGGCGUCCGGGCCGCGAUGCACCUGUCGUUCGACGGCGACAGCGAGUGCACGAUGCAACUCGGCACCGUCGCCGAGUGCUGCUGGCGGUGCCGGGGCUCCCACGUCGUCAAGAUCGGCCUUGUCUACACGGCCGGCGGCUGGGUCCGCGUGCUGCGCGACCAGUGCUGGCAGAAGCAGGACCAGCGGCGGCCGGGCAUCUCGCGACACGUGGACAUUUGCGUCAGGAAGCAGGUGUCGUGGGAGGAGAGCAAGGUGCUCGAGCUGUUCCCGCCCUUCUCGUUCCGGGUGUUGCUCGACCUGGGCAAGGACGGCGGCCGGAUCGUCUCGGCCGAGCCGGAGCGGCUCUGGGACCCGGUGCACCUCGCCUUCGUCGGCGAGGCGCUGGCCGAGGACUUCGUCGGCGUCGUGGACGUCGUCAGCAGGGUGCCCGUCGAGUUCCGGCUCCGGCUAACGAUCUGCAUGCUCAAGGGGAAGCCGGCCGAUGUGGAGCUGCACGGGUGGCCGCCGGAGGACUGGCUGGCGUCCAAUGGGAUCGCGGCCCCCGAGACGUCCGAGUGCGAUCUUGAGGAGCUCUUGGGCGUGUACCGGGAGUCGGCGCGGCUGGAGAAGCGCGGGCACGCGGACAGAAUUCGCGCGGUGAAGCGGAAGGAGGACUGGCGCUAUCACGACGUGGGCUUCGAGGCGAGCCUGGGCGAAGACCUUCGCGUCACGGUGUCGAGAGUGGUGGAAGCGAAGAUGUGA